AUGCAGUACACUUUUCGAAUCAACACUUGUAUUUCAUCUGCACCCAACCCUGACAAGGGUAUUGAUUUUUCUGCUAUUUUUUCAGUUGGUGCGGUCUUCUCCCUUUCCGUAAUGGAAGUCUUCCGCGACGCUAUCGAGAAGAACGGCGGACCGCUGCCGCUUCCGUACUACCUUCAGCCGGAUGCCGGCAGCACCCCCGACCACGGUCCCCUGCAGUUCAGCAAAGCCAUCGACCUCCUCCACACCCGCGUUGAUCGCCAGUCCUUCUUCGAGUGCCUCCUGCACGACAAGAACUUCGCAAUUCUCACCACCUUUUUAGUUAGCGGCGUGCCCGUCAACGCGGUGCGCGAGGAGGAUGGUGCCACCGCCCUGCAUAUCGCGACGGCGGCUACCCUGGACGUGUUGCCGGAGGAUUUUUGUAUGCACGCCAGCGGAGACGGCGGCAGCGCGAGCAGCAGCGGCUCUAUCGCCCGUCGAAGUGCGUCUUUCAUCAGCAACUCGCCGGACGCCUUAGAGCAGGCGGACGAUGCGCGGCACGCCACCGAUUGGGUGUUGAACCCGCCGUGUCUGAAUCAGCUCAUCCUCGGCUUCCUCAUCGACAACGGCGCUGACGUGAACGCGCCGAUGCGCAAUCGGCUGCGGCAGACACCGCUGAUGGUCGCGGCUGCGCGGCAGAACACGAAAGCGGCGAAGCUGCUCCUCGCGAAGGGAGCCGACAUCGCCGUGCAGGACGCGCUGGGCCGCACGGUGCUGACCUACGCCGCCCGGUACCCGCUGCUGAUGGAGGCCUUUCGGGUCUGGAUGGGCGAGGAAAAGUUUGUUGCUGGUGCGGCACGAGAGCGGUUGCUGCACGUUGUGUGCCGCACCGUGGGGAACACCUACGCUGCAUUGUACUUGAUAGAGGAGGUGCACUUGGAUGUGAACGCCAGGGAUGACCCGGUGGUGGAGCGCGGCCGUGCUGCGGUUGCUACGCCGAACGGACAGGGGCCCAUGACUGGCCUAGGUGCCGACGGGAUUCCGUCGUACCGCCGCUCGCCGAUCCUCACCGCGAGUGGUGCGGCGGCCGCCCUUGUGCAAAACGGCAAUAACGUGGUGCUGCGCUCGCCCCGAGGAGCUGCGUCAGCCGGACGGGUCUCUCCUGUCUCCGGUGUAGUCAACCACAACAGCACGAAUAGUACUCUUCCCGCUGUCACUACUCCGACGACGAGUGCGGCAACGGAGAUGGCGGACGUGGUCGCGCACAGCGGAGACACGCCGCUGCACUGCGCGGUGAGCACCGGCGACGUCGCCCUCGUGCGGGCGCUGCUCCGCAAAGGUGCUGACGUACACGCGGAGAACGGCAGCGGGGUGUCGCCGCUGCAGCUCGCACGCUCGUCGUCACAGGUCGGGCCGUCUGUGAGGCAGUACUGGAGAGAGGCGCUGUUAAUGCUGCUGCGGCCUAGCUCGUCUCGCGCCAUCGCCGCCCGUCGCCGGGAGCAAUUCGACGAGCGUAACCCGACCAAGGUCCGGGCCCUCCUGACAGCGUUCAGCAACGCCACUCCCGGUGUAUCGCAAGAGAAGGUCCUGCAGGAGGAGGAAGCCGCACCGUACCUCUGGCAGGUCUGCACGCUGACGGGAGACUACGUGCCCUUCGCCGCGGCGGUGUUUCUCCCACACCUCUUCUACUACCUUUGCUGCUGUGUGCUGACGAACUUCUUUCUGCUGCUGUGUCCGCUGCCGCUAUUGUACGGCGCGUACGUCGAGAUGCAGCGUCGCCACCGCCGCCGCCGCCCACGCAGCCGUUCGCUGGGCGGUGUUGGUUGGUGCUUUGGCUACAUCGUGAUGCAAGGCCUGUGUCUGCCGCUCUUCACCACGCGGUACUACUACCAGUACUACAGCUACGAUCUGGAGGACCACGCGGCGAUCACGUGUUGGUUGAUUCCGUCUGCCGUCAUCACCUUUGUGCUGUUGGUGUACGUGGUCGUGUUCUCAUCGCCGGGUGUGGUGACGACGUCGGAGGGCCAGCGCAAAGGCAUCUACGCCAGUCUGCGCAAUGCGAAAGGCACCUACCCAAAAGAGCUGGUGUACGGUAUUGACCUGCGCACCAUGGUGAAGAAGCCUCUGCGAGCCCAGCACUGCGUGCAGCUGCAGCGCGUCGUCCUGCGCUUUGAUCACUACUGCCACCACCUCAGCACCGUCAUCGGCGGCGGCAAUCAGCGAGUAUUCUUCUGGCUUCACGUGUCGCUGCUUGCCCUGAUGAGCUGCUAUUAUCACUACGCACGCGAGUACAGCCGCAUGGUGAGCCACGUGGAGAGCGUCGCGCACACGUCGGGCAAAGCCGGAGGGAAGCUGGACCAGGCGGUCUUCCGCAAGCUGUCGGCCUUCUCCUUCUCCACGGCUGAGCUGCGCUUCGGCUACAUGUACACACAGGUCCUCUUGCCGCUGAUGCUUCUCCUCGACGUCUACGCGCUGUACAGCCAAGUGCGUCUCAUUGCGCGCAACCUAACCGUCUACGACGUCGACCACGCCGAGGCGGAGAGCGGCGUUUACUGCUUCAACCUUGGGCCCAACACCUAUAGCCUCUACGACCGUGGAACGUGGGCGAAUGUACGAGAGUUUCUGGGGUGGUCCUCGUCGUAUACGCAGCUCGUCUACCGCGUUCCGCAGAUGAGCCCCUACCUUCAGAAGAUCGUCGAGGAGCACCAGCGCUGGCAGGUGACGCGCGGCGAUGGCUGUAGUGGCGGUGGCUGCGGCGACGCGCACCACGGCCACAGCCACGGGCAGGAUAGCAGCGGCGCCAGCAACAACGUGCCAGGAGCGGUGGCAACGGCGCACGGCAAUGACGAGCCCAUUCAUCACCCGCCCAUUCCGGAGGCCAGUCAACGGCCCGUCCUCGCAGCAGCAGCAGCAGCAACGGCGGCGGUGGAGGGAGCAGCAUCUGUGCAGCCAAGUCAGCCCGCAUUCACAGCAGCGAAUAGCGCGAAGCACCCGAUCAUGAAUUCUGCUGCAGCGACCUCGCCCCAGCAGCCUCAACAGCAGCACCCCGAGGAAGGCGGCGCCGCAGCGGCAGAAGGAGAAGACGAAGAUGACGAUGAAGCAGCGCAGGCGGGGUCCGUCCUGGCGUUGCAGAUAUUCCAGCAGAUGGUGCGCAGUGGGUCAACCGAUGUCGGCCGAGGGGGGGCCGACACGCCACACAGCGCGGCCGCCUACGGCACGGCGGUGACCGGCAGCGACGGCGCCGGCGCGGAGACGCAGCGGGAGUGGGACGCGGCGGUGCUGCAGGCACGCGAGAUGUUUAACUUCUACCGCCUCUCGUUAGGCGACCAAGAAGAGGAUUAA